AGCUGACGAAGCGAAAGAGUCAGAUAAGCCCGAUCCAGUGACAUAGACAGUCAGGAUCAAAGUCUGUAGGUAGGACAGAAGGCUGUCACCUCAGUACCUUAACUCGUUCCCUUUAACCAGCACGAUAAAGAAGUUUGCAUACUGCCGCAUCACCGGUGCACUCUCUUUUUGCAUAUCCUGUCUCACUCACUUGCCUGUCUCUCUCACGGAAGGAGGGAGGGUGAACUAACCAGCUGUACACUUAUAUUAGCUACGAGGCCUGACUAAACGGUGCACCAUGUGGCUCACUGCCAGAGAAACUGAGAGAGGUGGUCACUGAGCUCGUGCAGUUGUUUGGUUUGGAGCUUAGGCUUCAUAUCAGGCGAACAAUUUGAAUGACAGCGAGCAGGGCGGACUCGGUUCCUCUUUAAUGCGCUCAUCAUAUAUAGCCUAACAACUAGGCCUACUUUUUCAGGGCUUUCUGUUCGGCGACAUUUCUCAUCUUUUCCCGUGAGCGUCAUUAAACUUGUUGCCAAUGAGCGCAAGUCGCAGCUUGUGUGAAGUUCAUCAUCAGCCCAUCACCAGAGAAGGCUACAACAGCAGCACAAGAAGAAGAAGAAGAAGAAGAAGUAGCGGACCAUUUGAGGGAUUGUAACACCGGGGGAAAGUUGGGAGGAAUAACAGUCUGUUUUUCGUAUAUUUCUUGUUAGUUUUCAGUUUUUAUUUCCCCCCGGAGUAAGCCAUGACUUCUGUGUGGAAGAGACUUCAACGAGUCGGUAAAAAGGCGUCCAAGUUUCAGUUCGUUGCGUCUUACCAGGAACUCGUGUUGGAGUGUACCAAGAAAUGGCAACCAGACAAGCUAAGGGUGGUGUGGACAAGGAGGAACAGACGCAUGUGCUCCAAGCUCCACAGCUGGCAGCCUGGAAUCAAAAACCCCUACAGAGGCAUGGUGGUGUGGCCUGUCCCCGAGAACAUCGACAUCUCUGUUACACUUUUCAAGGAGGUCAAUGCUGACGAGUUUGAGGACAAAGAGUGGACCUUUGUCAUUGAGGGUGUAAGUAUCUCUUCAAUACUUGUCUUAGGAUCUUUAGUGGUUC